AUGAACGAUGCAUUAGAUGCGAACCGACGGCUCUCCACCCUUGACAGACCAAUAUCUCCGCCCCUAACCCGUCCCCUCACUCGUACGGGCAACGACUCGCUGUCCGCCCUCGAAGCGGGGAAAGAGGAGGUCGACGACCCCUUGGAGCGAAUCUCCGCACACCUCCACAAAUUCACCCCAGACCGAGCCGCUACGCCUCCCGUGGCCGGCGGAUCGUGCCUGAUCCCAUUCGAUGCCUGGAAAUCGCUCUACACACGAAACUGUCAUGCAUCAGGAAACCAUUUUGUCAUCCACCAACACGACCAUCCCAUUGCCGGCCCGCACUAUGACCUUCGUCUACAGUUCUCCGCAUCCAGCUCCGUCAGCUGGAGUGUCAUGUAUGGAUUGCCCGGGGACCCGAAUAGUCGGCGGCUGAAUCGCAAUGCGACCGAGACGAGGGUGCAUGCUUUGUGGAACCACCUCAUCGAAACCGCGAGCGAGAAAACUGGGAGUAUGAUCAUCUGGGAUACUGGAGUGUAUGAAGUCCUUCCCGACAGAACGAAAGUUUCGAAUACCGGUCCGGAAACGGACGACAGUGACCAAGAUCCUGAGAUGCAUUCCGGGUCAGGGCUAGACUCCUCGGCGCUGCCAGAAAACGAGAAACUGCGAAACGCAUUCCAAAACAGCAAGAUUCACCUCCGUCUCCACGGCACCCGCCUCCCCAAGAACUAUACCAUUUUCCUCCGCCGGGACAAAACCGACUUCCGCUCCGCCCCGACGGCAGCCUCUCUCUUACAGAAGCCUAGGAAACGAAGACGGAGACGCGUCGCAAAAGCAGAGCCGAGGAGCACGUCGAGCUCCGAAUCCGAUAGAGAGACAGCCGGCCCGGCAGAUACACAAAGUCCAGGGUCAGGCAAACGGGGGAGACAAACAGACACCGGCACGGAAGGCGAACACGAACACUCGGAUGCUGAAGGAGGCGAUACCGAUGUCGACUUCCAAAUCAGAUUGAACAACGCGUAUCCCGGGGCGGUCAACGACAUCGGAUCCAUACAUCAACGGCGAUGGUUCAUCAUGCUUGAUCGGGCGGGGAGCGGGUUUGUUCCCGAGAAGGCCUCUCAUUCGAAGACAGAUCUUCUGGGCAAGAAGAGAUGGAUUCGCGGGAUUGAUAAGCAGACUGGAGCAAGGACGGGCUUUGACCCGUUCUAUGUUCGAGGGCCUGAGGUCGAAAGGAGCGUUGUCACCGGUCGGCGAGGGCCAGAUGUCGUCCGCGACGAAGGCGUACAGGGAUUCGUACCGCGGAAGGGGUGGACUCCUGUUCUUAUAUGA